AUGCGCGUCCCCAGCGCCGCGAAAAACAUUCGCAACGCCGCCGCCCGGCUUCUCAGCGCCGAACCACCGCCUUCGGUCGCGUCCUCGGUCGUCGAUCCGUUCGCGCUCCCUCCCGUGGACGUCGCCUACGACGUCGAGAGCGCCGAGCGCGCGCUCGCCCUGCGCGGCUUCGCGCCCUCCGCGGCGCCCGGAGCGCCGCGUUUCAUCGGUUUCGACGUCGAGACGAAGCCGAAUUUCACGAAAAACGUCGCCAACGUCAACGCGCCGGCGCUGGUGCAGCUGGCGAACGAGCGCGGGUGCGUGCUGGUGCACCUGGCGAGCAUGCGCGGGGAGACGCCGCCGACGCUGCGAGCGCUGUGCGAGGACGCGGGGUCGAUAUUCGUCGGGAACGGGGUGUGGUCGGACAUGCGGGACGUCGACUGGGCGUUCGGGACGAAAUCGCGAGGGUACGUCGACGUGGGGGUGAUCGCGCAGACGUUUGGACACUCGAGACACGGGUUGAAGGCGAUGAGCGCGAGAUACGGAUACGACGCCGAAAAGCCGAAAUCCGUGCAGACGUCGAAUUGGGAAAAAAGCCCCCUGGAGGCGAAGCAGAUCGAUUACGGGGCGAAGGACGCGGCGUUGGGGUUGUGGGUGCUGAAACAGUUGUACGCGGAGUACGCGGGAGGGGAGGUGUCGCUCGAGGAUUGGGCGAUGGCGUUUGGAAACGCGUCGCAGCCGAAGGAGGCGUUUCGGUCGGCGCGAGCGAACGCGAAGACGACGCCGGAGUGCGUGAUGAAGGCGUUCGAGAGAUUCGAUCAGAAGAAUCGAGAGUUGGUGAAAGAGGCGUGGUUGGUUCGUCAGAUGAAAAAGGCCCAGCGCGUCGUGAAACAGAUGGCGGAGGGCGCGUUGCAUCCGGUGAGCGCGACGCACGCGUUGAUGGAUAUUUUGCAUGCGCCCAAGUCGAAGCGCAAAGUCGUCGAGUGGGUGGGAAGUGGUAGUAAAGGUGGCGGACUGUUCGAGAUCGAGCUCAAACUGGGCUCGUCCGUGCGCGCGCGCGGUGAAGGGCGCACGGUGAAGGCGGCGAAAUUCGAAGCCGCUCGAGGCGCGUUCGCCGCCUUAAAAGACGGGGACGCCGCCGACGCGACGAUUUGGAUCAAGCGCGAGUUAGAGCACGCUUGGUCGCAGUAG